CACCGCCACCUAUCGCCAGAGGUCUGAACCAGCUCACCGGAGACCCGAUCAGCUUCCAAGGACAAUGGCAGAUAAAGGUCAAAAUAAGAGUGCCCCCAUCCUCCCAUUUGACGAGUUUUUGGAUCGCUACAAACCCAAGAUGACUGGAAGAACGAUGAAGUACCCCUACACCUUCACUGCUAAGCUCGCUUCAUUCCCCUACAGCUACAUCCUCAAGAAUGUCUGGAUGUGCAAAUAUUACCUCGCUGGUGUGGUUCUGAGCAUGCCUCUCUUCUACAAGAUCCAGCAGCUUUCUAACUCUCCAGCCAAUGUAGCCAAGUUUGAGGCGAAGGCAAAGGCCGAGGCAGCAGGACAUUAAACUAACUUGGCUAAGUCUCCAUCUUGGGGUCCAUCCUUAUUAAAAAUGUUCCAUGUUCAGCACUGAGUGUCUCACAGGUCUUGUAUAAAUUGUAUGGAUAUAAAUAAACUGUAGAUUUUA